GCGCCGGUGCAGGACUGGAGGUGCAGCAGGGAAGGAGGUGCAGUCUCAUGAUGCCGACACACAGCAGAUCUGCUUACACCAGAAACAGAGGCUGUAUUUAGAGGCUGAAUCCGAAUGCGUUAGGGCUGCAGCUCCAGUACACCCGCAUUAUUCAGGCGGAGAGGUGUAGGAUGUGCCCAGCACCCUGACGCGCCUCGGUUUGUUCUGGUCUGGUGCUGAUGAGCUUGCUCGGAGGCUAUAAGAAAAGGAGCGCUUAUGAUGGAUAUGAAUCUUUGCAGCUGGUCGAUAGCGCAGGAGGAGGACGGGGAGCAGGAGGAGGAGGAGGAGGAGGAGACAGAGACGCGGCGGCGGUGACUCUCGGAUCCAAGGCGCGACUGGACCACUGCAGCAUCAUGGACGGUUCAGAUAUGGACGGGAACUACGGGGGUGGACUGUUCGACAUGGUUAAAGGAGGUGCUGGAAAGUUCUUCAGCAACUUCAAGGAUAACCUGAAGGACACCAUCAAGGACACGUCUACCAAGGUCAUGAACCAAGUGGCCACCUACACGAAGGGAGAGCUGGACAUCACCUACAUCACCUCACGUAUCAUAGUGAUGUCAUAUCCUGCUGAGGCGGUGGAGCUGGGCUACAGGAACCAUGUGGAGGAUAUCCGCUCGUUUCUGGACUCGCGCCAUGCCGACCACUACACCGUCUUCAACCUCUCCCAGAGGAACUACAGAGGAGCCAAAUUCUCCAACAGGGUUUCCGAAUGCAACUGGCCAUCCAGACAAGCUCCCAGCCUCCAUAACCUGUUUGCCGUGUGUAAGAACAUGCACAACUGGCUCAAGCAGAACCCCAAGAACGUGUGCGUCAUCACCUGCUCGGACAGCAGGGGUCCGGCGGGUGUGCUGGUCUGUGCCAUGUUCUGCUUCUGCCACCUGUUCCCUCACCCAGUGCCUGCCAUGCAACUGCUCAGCGCCAAGAGACCUGGAUCGGGACUGUGGCCCUCGCACCGAAGGUACGUCGGUUAUGUGUGCAGCAUGGUGUCAGAAAAGCCCACGCUGCCCCACUCCAAACCGCUGCUAAUCAAAGCGGUCACCGUCAAUCCCGUCCCGUGCUUCAACAAACAGCGCAGCGGCUGCCGGCCGUUCUGUGACGUCCUGAUCGGCGAGACCAAGAUCUUCUCCACAGCGCAGGAGUACGAGAGAAUGAGGGAGUACAAGGUCCACGAGGGCAAGUUGGUCUUCAACCUGGGAGUGAGUGUUCAGGGGGACGUGGUGAUCUCAGCGUACCACAUGCGCUCCCACGCACUGCAAACCAAGGUGACGAACACACAGAUAUUCCAGAUUCAGUUCCACACAGGCUUCAUCACUCCUGGUACUACAGUCCUGAAAUACAUGAAGCCUGAGCUGGACGCGUGCGACUCUCCGGAUAAAUACCCUCAGCUGUUCCACGUGCUGGUCGACGUGGAGGUGGAGAACACGGAGAAGCAGAAAGAUCUAACGCCACCCUGGGAACAGUUCCCCACCAAGGACCUGAGUCCAAACGUGCUGUUCUCCUGCCACCAGGAACACAAGGAUGCGCUCGCCGUCGCAGAUCCCUCGCAGCCACAGGGAGCCCAGGGGGGCCGCGUGGGGCCGAACGAGGACAGCGAGCCCUCGGACGACGACAUGCUCUCGCUCUCCAGCCAGCAGAGCGGCGGAAGCGCGGAGAAAGCCAAGGGCGGCGCCAAAACCGAAGCUCAGCCUGCCGCCGCCCCUCCGCCCGCCGAGGACGUAGACCUGUUGGGUCUGGACGGGGGUGAGAUUCAACCUCCUCCGGCGUCCCCACAGCCUCCUACCACCACUAACACCACCACUGACCUGCUGGGGGAUCUGUUCGGAGCUGCUCCGUCCCCCCAGCCUGCGAGCAGUUCCACCUCUGCCCAGUCCACUCCCAGGAGGUCCACAGCUUCGUCCUCGCCUGGUCCUUCACCUCGAACUGCGGACGGUUUUAACCCGUUUGGAUCAGCACCGUCCGCCCCGAAGCCUCAGGACUUCAUGGGGGCCUAUCUUGGACCAGGCUCGCCUGUGCCACCCGCUACCCCGACUGUCAACCUUCAGCAGCAAGGCACCAUGGGAGGAUGGGACUGGAGCAAACCAGCUCCACCAGGGGGUGGCAAUUUUGGCAUGGGGAGUAAAUCAGCCACAACCAGUCCUACAGGUUCUGCUCACAACACUCCCACCCACCAGGCCAAGCCCAUUACUCUGGACCCGUUUGCCGACCUGGGUAACCUCGGAUCCGGUCCGGGAGGCGGAUCAGGAUUCUCCAGUAAACCCACCACGCCCACCGGUACAGGCGGAGGAUUUCCUCCCAUGAGUUCACCCCAGAGACACGCUCCGUCCCCGCAGCACACCGCGGCAGGCUGGCAGUCGGGCGCGGGCUUUACGUCUUGGCAGCAUGGGGGCGGGGGGCAGUGGCAGCCUCACGCCCAGCCUAAAUCUCCGGGACCCACCAUGAGCCACAGCUCUCCUCAGAACAGGCCCAACUACAGCGUCAGCUUCGGCACCAUGGGGGGAGCCGCGGCGGGCGCUAAAGCACAACCUAACGCUGGUCCAAAACCCAAGCCUGCGGAUGCUAACUUUGAUGACCUGCUGUCCGGUCAGGGCUUCACGGGCAGUAAGGAAAAGAAAGGCCCGAAGACCAUAGCAGAGAUGAGAAAAGAAGAGAUGGCGAAAGAGAUGGACCCCGAGAAGCUGAAGAUCCUGGACUGGAUCGAGGGGAAGGAGCGGAACAUCCGCGCCCUGCUGUCCACCAUGCACACGGUGCUGUGGGAGGGCGAGAGCCGCUGGAAGCCUGUGGGCAUGGCUGACCUGGUCACACCUGAGCAGGUGAAGAAGGUCUACCGCAAGGCCGUGCUGGUCGUCCAUCCAGACAAAGCAACCGGAAAGCCUUAUGAACAAUACGCCAAGAUGAUUUUUAUGGAGCUGAAUGACGCCUGGUCGGAGUUUGAAAGCCAAGGACAGAAAGCCUUGUACUGAGACUACUGGGACUAUAGUACCGUCCGCGAGCAGUCACACGUAACUACAUGCAAUACACACAUGGCAUUACCCUGCGUCACAGCCGUGUGAGUGUGAUGACGACUGUGACACAGUACGGUACAUUUGACUGUAUAAGUGACGUUUCACAUUCUUCAUGAAUCAGACAGUAUUUCAUUUUUAUUUCUGUAGUUUGUUGUGUUGCUUUUAUUUUCAGCACCUAAACAACUGAGAUUAGAAGUGUCUGUCUUAUACGUGUCAUGAUAUGCAAGGUUUAUUUAACAACAACAAAACAACAGAGAAAAAAAGGUAUGUAAUUAGAUCCGGUGCCACCGUAAACCUCUGUAGGAUUAAUAGAAUUUUGUAAAUUGUGUAUCACGUGUGCAGGUAUGAGGUGAUGUUGAACACAUUUAUUACUUUUCUGUAAAAAAAAUAGGUCAAAAUGAGGGGAACCAAACCUAAUAUCAAGGUGGCUAAACAAAGCAGCAUCGUAAAACAAUCUAUUAAAAUCAUUGUUAUAACAUUUUACAAUAAAAUAACUCGUUUAAGUUUUUAA